GAUACAGAUUCUGGAAGAUAUGCUUAGGGCAUGUGCUUUGGAGUUCCAAGGAAGUUGGGACAAGCAUUUGGCUCUAGUUGAGUUUGCCUAUAACAACAGUUAUCAGGCGAGUAUUGGCAUGCCUCCAUACGAGGCAUUGUAUGGGAGGAAAUGCAGAACACCGUUGUGUUGGGACGAGGUUGGCGAGGCCAAGCUCGAAGGGAUUGAACUUGUUGAAAUCACCAAGGCUAAGGUGAAGGUCAUUCAGGAUAGACUUAAGGCUGCCCAAGAUCGGCAGAAGAGUUAUGCCGACAAACGACGCAGGCCAUUGGAGUUCGAGGUCGGUGAUAAGGUCUUCCUAAGGAUUUCUCCUUGGAAGGGUAUCAUCCGAUUUAUAUCGAGGGGAAAGCUUAACCCCAGAUACAUUGGUCCAUUUGAAAUCCUUGAAAGGAUAGGGGCUGUGGCAUACCGUCUCAAGUUGACGCCAGAACUUGAGAAGAUACACGACGUGUUUCAUGUAUCGAUGCUCAAGAAAUACGUGAGAGAUCCAUCUCAUAUUCUUGAGAAGCCACCGGUGGAGAUACGUGAAGAUCUACAAUAUGCGGUGGAACCGGUAAAGAUUAUGGGUCAACAGGUGAAGAAACUGAGGAACAAGGAGAUUCCUAUGGUAAAGGUUCUUUGGAGGAGUGAUCGAGUCGAAGAAGAAACCUGGGAGACUGAGGUCUCAAUGAGGGAGCAAUACCCGUUUCUUUUCGAUUAGACACGUGGAUUUCGGGGACGAAAUCCCAAAUAAGGGGGGGUGAACUUGUAACACCGUCCCCAGAUGUAUUUUACUUUUAAGUGAAUAAUGUAUUUAACCUUAUGGAGUGGUUAAUGAAUAUUCGAAGUGGUGAAUUUCAAUUA